AACCCUAACGAAGAGUGGGCCACACGUUCGAUGGCAGAAGGUGGAGAGGAGCUGUCUGUCCCGGGGGAGGAGGAGGAGAGGGGAGCUUCGCCCGGGGAGACCGGCAAAUCUAAAGCUGGGAAAAAGAAGAGGAGAGGGAAGAAACGGGGCGAGCCCGGAGCGGUUGCCGUGGCACCCACGGCGGAGGACACCGGACCUGUUCUCCCCGCCAGGACUGCUGUCCCGGUGACCUCUGUACCAAAGGUCUCCUCCAAGAACCUGCAGGAGCUCCUGCACAAGCUGUCGGUGGACGAACGGACGAAGCCACAUCAGUUCUGGGACACCCAGCCCGUUCCCAAGCUAGAGGACAAGGUCGAUGAGUCUGGUCCACUUGAACCAGACAAGUCUGAGGUGAGAGAGGAGCCUUAUUCUCUGUCAGACAAGUUCAUCUGGGAUGAGUUGGACCUCAAUGACGAUGCUCAGAUUGGAGAACUCUACUGUCUCCUCAACGAGAACUACGUCGAGGAUGAAGACAACAUGUUCAGGUUUGACUACAGCAAGAGGUUCCUGUGCUGGGCUCUCCAACCACCCGGCUGGAAGAAGGUGUGGCACUGCGGGAUUAGGGUGUGCUCCAAUAGAAAACUGGUGGGGUUCAUCAGCGCUGUCCCGGCACACGUCAGGAUCAAAGACCAUGAGCAGCUGAUGGUAGAGAUCAAUUUCCUGUGUGUGCACAAGAAGUUGAGGUCAAAGAGGGUAGCCCCUGUUCUGAUUAAGGAGAUUACUCGGAGGGUGAACAGAGAGGGAAUAUUUCAGGCCGUCUACACUGCCGGCGUGCUGCUCCCUAAACCAAUCUCUGUCUGUCGGUGAGAAGUACAGUACAACAAGAAUGAACCUCUGAAUAAAGGACACACCCUAUACUAAUAUUACAUUACCUCCCAAUAAGGGAAUCCUCUGAAUAAAGGACACUUUGUUUUGCCCCAUACUACUACAUUAGUACUUCCAAAAAAGGACAUUUCUUUAAAAAGGAUGCAUAUCUUAUUCAGAGGUUUCACUGUUGAUGUAAUGUUCCGAUGUUAAAGUGGGUGGGGUUUCAGGUAUUGGCACAGGUCAAUUAACCCAAAGAAACUGGUGGACGUUCAGUUUUCCAGUAUCCAUAGAAACAUGACUCUUCAAAGGAUGAUCAGACUCUACCGCCUCCCAGACGAGACGAAGACAGUGGGACUGAGGGUGAUGGAGAGAAGCGAUGUUCCGGUGGUGUUCCGGCUCCUAAACCAGUAUCUAAAAAGGUUUGACCUGGUCCCAGUAUUGAAGACUGCUGCUGAGGUGGAAUGGUGGCUACUCCCGCGAGAUGACAUCGUCACCACUUACGUCGUCGAGAACCCGGACACAGAUGAGGUGACUGACUUCUUCUCAUUCUACCACCUCCCGUCCACCAUAGUCAAACACCCCAUCCACCAAUUACUCCAUGUCGCCUACUCCUUCUACAACGUCGCCAUGGUGACGCCACUCAAGGACCUCGUGCAGGACUCUCUCAUCAUAGCCAAGAAGCUAGGAUUCGACGUGUUCAAUGCUCUGGAUGUGAUGGAGAACAAACAGUUCCUGGAGGAGCUCAAGUUUGGAGUCGGAGACGGAAAUCUUCACUACUACCUCUACAACUGGCGUUGCCCCGAGAUACCGCCUGAGAAGCUGGGGUUAGUGCUGCAGUGAAGAACACUACAAUGUUAGGAGUUUUUCUUACAAUCAUCUUCAGUGUUGCACGUCUAGUACACUCUAUACCCAUCACACUGAAUCACCACACACACCAGAAGAUUGAAAUACGGAGAGUGUCCAUGCUCUCCCUGUAUUACGACAUAAUUAUUAUUAUUUGAUGUAUUUGUACAAUUAAUUGUAUAUUCAAAUAUGUAAAGUAUUGUUUUGAGACAUUGAAUGUUGUUAAUCAGACGAGUGUAUAUAAUAAUUAGAUUAAGGUGAUAAUGGUCCAACAGUGAAAGUGAGAGUUGUAGUCUACUUCCACAGUUUCUUGAUGGACAUGUUUUUCUCCGAGUCUUUCUGCAUGAUCUUGGCAACGGCCAUCUCGAAGUCUUCCUGAGUGACGUGCACUCUCCUCUCUCUCAGAGCAUACAUCCCCGCCUCAGUACAUACUCCCUUGACCUCAGCGCCGGAGGCUCCCGGCAUGACCUCGGCUAUCUUCCUCAUGUUGAUGCCCCGAGUGAGGUUCAUCUUCCUGGAGUGAAUUCUCAGAAUGUCCAGCCUGGCGUCCUCACUGGGAGGUGGAAACUCUAUUUUUCGGUCAAUUCGUCCUGGGCGGAGGAGGGCGGAGUCAAGGAUGUCGAUCCUGUUUGUUGCCAUGACGACCUUGAUGUUCUGUGUGGAUUCGAAUCCGUCCAGCUGAUUCAGCAGUUCCAACAUCGUCCUCUGAACCUCGCUGUCUCCUGGGAGAUGGGGGAGAGCCGGGUGUAGUGGGUGUGGCCUGUAAUGGGCGUGGCUUACCUCC